AUGUCUACGCAUGAUCCCAGGCUACUCUUCAGCGUGAAGAAUAUUCGCGCUUUUCAUAUUCAGGAUGGUGAAGAGCAAGAGUUAACGCCGUCGGGCCCUCAGACCUUGUCGCUGCUCAUGGUACCAACGACAACGCCUGCGUCAAUCCCACCAUACGCGCCUAAUGGAACCGCAGAGACACCAGAGGAGGACUUCUACCUGCAUCUCUACCUCCCACCCGAGCUGGAUCUUGCUCUGCCGGCAACUACGCAGAUCUUUCACCAGCCACCGGACAGUUACCUCAUUCCACGAUGGGAUUUGGCACCUGAUGCGGGUGCCUUCAUCCGGAUCCAAUUCCCCAGCGUGGGCAAUGGUUCAAACAACGUAACACAAGAUGACAUCGACACUUUUGAGACAAUACUUGCCCAAUGUACUGCCUUCCUUGAUCGUGAUCCCGGUCUAGGUGGGAAAUCGGAGGGUCCCGUCGCUUACAACCCAGCCGACUGGGCGCCCGGAGAGGGAUACGUCGGGACCGGGGAAAGCCACGUCGGCAAGAAUGGAACAUCUUCAAUGGAUCAUAAGCAUGGUAAGAUUGUGCUAGUUGAUGAAGAAGAUGGCAGCGUGGUUGGAGAGUUAGGCGAGGGAUACGACCUUGUGGAGGACCCAGAUGUAAAGCCUGGAUCUAAGCGGCCUGUUGAGAUUGAACUUCCCGGUGAAGGUCAAGGUAACCGGGUUACCGUGACCAACGUGUCAGAGGAGUACUUAGAGAUGUCACGGCAUCCCGCAUACAAGGACUCGACUAUCGUCCAGACCUCAGCCACUGCGUCUCGGCUGGUUGUUGCAACAUCAUCAGCUCUUGCCAAUGCCAUAUCCAGUGGCGCUGAAAGCUUCAUUAAAAAGACCAAGCCAACACAGAAACCAGUGACUUUCUCUGAAGUCACCCACCAGCGCAUCCGCAAGGUCGGCACAUUCUCUCAUGGUGCCGCAGAUCUAUCGUCUCGCACAUUGGGACAAGUCGAACGGGUUGCACAGAAUCUGGGUGCAUCCUUAGCACGCAAAGAUACAAAGCAGAAGAAGAUUGAUAGACAUCACCCGCCUCCUGACUACAAGCCUGGCAUGCUGAAUAAGUCCAUGAUCGCCUUCUCAACUCUCGCCGAUGGAAUAACCGAAUCGGCCCGAACGGUGCUUCUUACCGGAACGCAGGCCGCCAGCACUAUGAUAGGCCAUCGUUAUGGUAACGAAGCGGGCGAUGUCGCGAGCAAUUUGACAGGCGGUAUCAAGAAUGUUGGCUUGGUAUACAUUGAUGCUACGGGUGUCAGUCGGCGUGCUUUGCUCAAAUCUGUGGCUAAGGGCAUGGUUGUGGGGCGCAUGCGCGAUGGGAAACAAGUAGUAGUUGGAGAAGGUGACGGCGGCCAGCUGCCUGGGGGCGCCCAGGCGGGGCCUUCAAGCUCCGGGGCCCGAGAUCCUGUCGUUCGACAGACGUCGCCUAACUCUUUGCCCCCUCCGGCUUAUGGUGCGUCCGGAACAACGUCGCUUGGAGGCACACCCAUGCCUGGGACGAAACGCUAG